UGUUCAGUAUUCACUCUCUAUUUUAUUAUUAGCUCACUUGGAUCUGGCAGCACAGACUUUUGCAUUGCGCAACCAAGUAGCUGCACGUAUUCGGGUCUCAGGUAAAGGUGUGGGGGAUACAGCAGAGGGAAGCGGCUGAUUUGGGUUUGAUGGAAGCCGCUACUGUAGGUCAGGUAGGACUCAAUUGAUUGCCCUUUUAAUUUAAAUCAGCCACCGUCUUAACACCUCGCACUGAAGCGCUGCUCCGUUUUCGCGUCCUAAUGUUCAGGACUGCCAAUUACCCGACGGUGGAUCCUGCGCCCACCGUCAUGCACGGCACUUGGUUUACCACGGAGUGUCGAGAAAACACGCCCGUGGCGGUGGAGAAGCCCAAGAAAAAGGCGUUCAGCCUGGUCAAAAUAAUGUCUCUCGGCAACAAGAAAGGGCACGGCCAGCAUCCGCACCACAACAACAACAUGCCCUUUACGAUCCACUGUCACAUCGGGAAAGAGAUAAAGCACAUUUGCAGCAAUUGCAGUCGCGGGAACGACACACAGGACGCUGAGGAAGUAGAGAGGCUGGCCGCCAUGCGUUCUGAGUCCUUGGUCUCUGGUACCCACACUCCACCCAUCCGUCGUCGGAGUAAGUUUGCCACUCUGGGACGCCUCCUCAAGCCCUGGAAAUGGAGGAAGAAGAAAAGUGAGAAGUUCAAGCAGACCUCUGCUGCUUUGGAGAGGAAAAUGUCAAUGCGACAGAGCAGAGAUGAGUUGAUCAAGAGAGGAGUGCUGAAAGAGAUCUUCGAAAAAGCAACUGUUGAGUUCCGAUCCUCGAUGGACGGUGGAGUCUGCACUCGGGAGCCCUCUAUUAAGUCAUCUAUGGUCCUGCCCGCCAAGAAAUCGGUCACCUACCAAGGUGACCUUCAGGAUACCCCAGCCAAGCCGCCGCUGUACCACAAACAGCCUCCUGCUCUCCCUCCAAAGCCUUUCUCUAGGAUCCCAAACCAUAGCACAGAUUCUUGCCAGCCAAUGAAGUUGCCCUGUAUGCCCGGGGGGAAGCACUCUCCACCUCUGCCUCCCAAGAAAGUGAUGAUUUGUGUGCCUCCGGGGGGGCUGGACUCCAGCUCCCCUUCUCCAUCCCCCAAUCCCCUCAGCACUCUCUCCCAAAAGUGUGGCCCUCCGCAGGGCAUGUCCCUCCACCAUGGCACCUUGCUGCCCUCUCACCUCGCUGGUCUCGCCAGUCUUCAUCAGAGCCACGGACACCCACUCCAGCUUCAGUACGGCAGCUUGCAUGCGCCCAGCCGCAUCAUUGAGGAGCUCAAUAAAACCCUGGCGCUCUCCAUGCAGAGGUUUGAAAGCUCUUUGUUGCACGGUGGUGGUCAGUGUGCUCCCCUGGACAGAAGAGAAGUGCCGUCUGUGAUCAUUGACUACGAGGAUGACAAGGAGAACAUGCCCAACGAGUCUGACUAUGAAGAUCUGCCCAGCAUGUAUAAGGACGAGGACGAUGACGUGGAUGAUGACGAGGACGACGAGGAAGAUGACGACUCCAUAUUUACAAGUACCCUGGCACAGAAGGUGCUGAGGAAGGACUCUCUGGCCAUCAAGCUGAGUAACCGUCCAUCCAAAAGAGAGCUGGAGGAGAAAAACAUCCUGCCCAUGCAGACAGAUGAGGAGAGACUGGAGUCUAGGCAACAGAUAGGCACAAAACUCACAAGGCGCUUGAGUCAGAGACCCACAGCGGAGGAGCUGGAACAGAGGAACAUCCUCAAACCUCGCAAUGAGCAAGAGGAAAUGGAGGAGAAGAGGGAGAUAAAACGAAGGCUAACGCGAAAGCUGAGCCAAAGGCCCACUGUAGAGGAGCUGAGACAGGCCAAAAUUCUCAUCCGAUUCAGUGACUAUGUGGAGGUGUCGGAUGCCCAGGACUAUGACAGGCGGGCAGAUAAGCCCUGGACCCGGCUCACAGCAGCUGACAAGGCAGCUAUACGGAAGGAACUCAACGAUUUCAAGAGCAAUGAGAUGGAAGUGCAUGAGUCAAGUCGCCAUUUAACUAGGUUUCACAGACCAUAGUAGACCACCACUGUCUCGAGCAGUGCCGGACCGGCGCUCUCCCCCACUGAGAACCUUAAGUGCUGGACAGUAAAAUGGUGCCCGUUUCUACAAUAAGGCCAUGUCUUCUGAAAUGCCUUUUCAAGACCCACACAACUGAGUCGGUACUACGCUCCAAGAUGCAGACACCCACUACUCCAUCCGCUGUAGUAGCACAUUAUGACUCCACUUGAUUCACAUCGCCCCUCUAUGGAAUUUGCUCAACCCGUCUCCUAAACCUCUCUGCUGAGCUCUCAGGCAGGCCCUCAGUUCUGUGGCGAUUGGACAGCAAGAGAGUUUUUGUUUGCAAUUGAUCGACAUUUUGGACGUCUAUGGAGGGCAACUGUACCUUGGUUCAUCAAUAACGCCAGUGGACUUGUCUCAGUGGACAUGUUUUUAAUCCCUCUUCUUUAUCAUGCUGUCACUCGGACUCCUUUAGCACUUAUGGACAACUCUGUGCAAGGCUGGAGGGUUGAUUUGGUCUGAGCUCACUAUAUCAGCAGGAGAUCCAUCUUCACUGAACCUACUUAGAAAGACACACAGAAGGCAGGGAGGGGUCCAACAUUAGAAUCAUGUGCAAUAUUUUUUUUCUUGUGCUUUUCCUAGGCUAUAGCACCCUCUAGAGUCCCCACUGUGUCAUUACAAUGUAGUCCUGACUUUUCUUCUUCUCUCAUGUGCAAUUCUCGCUGUACCGACAAUGUUGACAUCUAAUUGCUAACUGUGAAUUUGAGAGUUUGGGUGAAAGCUUGCACUCUCUUAAAAUGUACAUUUUGUUUAUAUGGAGGAAAAAAGUUACAUUUAAAGAAGAAUCAUGCUUGACCAAGUUUCAUUCAUGGCACAAUCUUAUAAAUUUAGUGUAAAAAAAAAAAAAAAAAUGCAGCUGACAGAUAUAUUCUAUAUAUCUGUUUUAUAUAAUUUUGUCAAUUUUUAGUUGUUUUGAUUGGGACAUGGAUCAUAAUUCAAAUGUUUUUACGUCUUAGCUCUUUGAGCUGGCUCACAAAGUUAUCGCUUACAUUUUUGUGUGUGUUUGCAGCAGUGUGUUUAAUGAUAUUUGCUCAUAAUGUGCAUUGUAUUAUACUUUACUUUUAUACUCACGUCGUUAUAAGCUUUUGACCAGGCAAUAUCUGUUGUUUGUAGAGAAAAGGUUAAACUACAGGUGUACUCCCCACCAAUUUUUUUAAUUUUUUUUUUUUUUACUGUGCUUAUACACUACGCCUCACUUCAGGGUUUUGAUUUUGUUUUGUACUUUGCUUUGCUUUAGGAAGGUUUUAUUCAGGAGGACUCUUUCUGCAUUUUUCUUGACUGAGCCACCAACGAACAGUCUCAUUCAACAAUUGAACACGACGAUGCAUUCUCAAUUUUGAAACCCGGGUGCAGAUUUUAGUAAAUUCAGGAUUUUAAACGUUUUAUUGUUAAAAUUUGUUGCACUGUUAGGAGUUUGGCUUUACAAUGGGCACUGUUUUAAGGUCAGGGCCCAAGUGUGUAAAAUAUUGUUGGAUUUCUGAUCUAUGACCGUUUUGUUUCUUCACUGUUAACGGUCUUGUUACUUGAUCGCUGAUCCUACACCAGUAUUCCAAUGCUCAUAAGCUUUAUGUACACAGAAUAUUUUUAUUAUUUUUUACUGUAUUCAUUUUAAAGUUGCAAUAUGAAACUUUUGUUUGUCAGUAGUAGAGGGGAAAGACUGUCGGCCACCUACUAUAACGCAUCUGUCUGCAGAGGAAAAUGUGUUCUCCCUUAUUUUCAAGGUCUUGGAUAGAUGAAAAGAUGACCCAAUAAAACCUGGAAACCGAAAACAUACUUAAUUGUUUCACACUUUAUGGUUUUUAUGUGAAAUAAUAGGGGUUUUGUUACAGUUUGGAGCGGUUUCCCCUUAGAAUCGGUACAAAGGUCAUGUCACAUUUUUCCUUUUUUUUUUUUUUUUUUUUAAAUCAUAAUUUCAUUGGGUCAUCUAUUCUCAGAGACUUUGAAAUAUGAGGUACUUUUUGUGUUAGAACCAGCUUCUGUAUGAUUCCAGCAUCAUGCCAUUAUUUGAAAAUUUCCAUCCAUAGGUUCAGUAAAAUAGAGCAUAAUAGGAAUGAAUUCAUACAAAUACUCUCAUUUCAGCUCUAAGAAACAAACCUGAGCCACUGGGCUGAGCAUGAGGUUUUUCCAUUUUGCUGGAAUCAAGGAACAUGAAUUCAGCAAUAAUCUGUUUCCUUUUACAUGGUGGAGCAACUGAAUGAAUUUGAAAGUGUUCCUUUUUUCAUUUUUGAAAUACAGAAUACCAUGUAAAGGAUGUAUCAUGUCAAUUAAAUUCCAUUUCUGAAUGCA